GGGCACGCAAAAACCCUAACCAAAACCCUCCGCUUCUACCAUGACGCGUGUAUAAAUUCAUCACCUUCAGACUUCGGCCCCUCAUUUCGUUCAUUCCUCUCUCUCUCAAAACCCUAACAACUAAAAACAUCUCAUAACUAGGGUUUUUAGAGCCUCUGCAGUUCUUUUCCUCCUCCUCCUCCUUGCUCUAAUCUAAAUUAUUUCUCACCUUCUCUCAAUCAUGGGCAAAUCUAGCAAGAAAUCAACCCCCAAGGUUGAUGCAGCUCCUGCUGUAACCCCUGACCCCAAGUCUUCUAGUAAGGGUCAGAGAGAAGCGAGAGAACUUACAGAAGCUAUAGAGAAGCUUGUGAAUGCAAAGAAACGUAAGAUAGAUGACGGGGCAAAACAGGCUGUUAAGAAGGGAAAGGUUGAAGUAAAGACUCAGAAAAAGAAGAAAGAUGAAUCCAGUAGUUCUGAUAACUCGUCUUCUGAGGAAGAACAGAAGGCCAAAGUUGUAACAAAGAAGGUACAAAAGGAAACAAAAUCACCUGUUGAAGAAUCUAGUAGUGAGGAGUCAUCUUCAGAUGAGGAGGCUCCUCCCAAAGCUGCUAAAAAUGGCUCUGUUGGUGUUCCUGCUACACAAAGAAAGGGGGAUAGCAGUUCAGAUUCGUCAGAUGAUGAAUCUGAUGAGGAAGAGGUUAAAGUUGUAGUCAAGAAGGGUGUGAAGGCUACAAAACCACCUGUUGAAGAAUCUAGCGGUGAGGAUGAGUCAUCUUCGGAUGAGGAGCCUCAUGCCAAAGCUGCCCUUCCUCCAAAGAAGCAGCAACUGGAUGCCAAAAAUGGGUUAGUCAGUGCUCCUAGGAAAGGCAAGGCGGAAAGUAGCAGUUCAGAAUCUUCAGAUUAUGAAUCUGAUGAGGAUGAGAAAAAGCCUCCUGCAGUCUCCCAAGUGAAGAAGUUGCCACAAACUGGCACUAAAAAGGCAUCUGCUGCAAGCUCUGAGUCGGACUCUGAUAGCUCCUCAGAUGAGGAGUUACCUGCAAAGGCUUCAGCUCCCAAGAUUGUUCCCCAGGGUGUUACCAAUAAGAAGGCUAAAUCGGGUAGUAGUUCUGAUGAAAGUGAGAGUUCUGAGGAGAGUGAUUCUGAUGAGGAAAAGGCCCCUGCUACUAAGAAGGUUGCUUUAACAGCUACAAAUAACAAAGCUCAAUCAAGUGAUGAUUCUGAUGAUAGCGAUUCUGAUGAAUCGUCAGAUGAGGAUGAGGGCACAACCACAAAAGCAACCAAAGCUGUUUCGAAAGUGCAGACGUCAAAAAAGAGCAAUGGGAAUGGCAGUUCUGAAAGCGAGUCUGAUGACUCUGACUCUUACACUGACUCUGACUCUGAUGCUCCUGCAACCAAGGCUGUUGUUGGUUCAAAAAGGCCAUCUUCUGUUGCUCAAACAAAGGAAUCAAAAAAGGUGAAGGUAGCCACUCAAAAGGAAAGCAGCAGUUCUGAGAGCUCCAGCAAUACUUCAGAUGAUGAGGAAGAAAGUGAGGAUGAAAAACUCUCGAAAACCCCAAAGAAAAAUGGAAAGGUAAUUACUAAAAAAGAAAGCAGCAGUUCUGAGAGUUCCAGUGAUAGUUCAGAUGAUGAGGAACAAAGCGAGGAUGAAAAACCCACGAAAACCCCAAAGAACAAUAGCACUGAUGUAGAAAUGGUAGAUGCUGCUACUCCACAUGCAACCACCAAGAAGACUGAUCUGCAAUCUGCUAAGAAAGCUCCUAAGACUCCAGUUACUUCUGAGGUUCAGUCUACAGGUUCAAAGACAUUAUUUGUUGGCAACCUACCUUUUGAAGUUGAACGACCUGAUGUGGAAAGUUUCUUUGAAGGUGCUGGUGAAAUUGUUGACAUACGCUUUGCUAUGGACAAAGAACAGAGGUUUAAGGGCUUUGGACAUGUUGAGUUUGCUACAACUGAAGCAGCCCAGAAGGCUCUUAAAUUGAAUGGUCAAAGUUUAAAUGGCCGGCAACUAAGACUUGAUUUGGCACGUGAGAGAGGUGAAAGGGCCUCGUAUACACCGUAUAGCGGCAGCAGAGAGAACAGUUCAUUUCAGAAGGGAGGGAGAGGCCAGGCUCAGAAGAUAUUUGUCAGGGGCUUUGAUACCUCCCUUGGUGAGAAUGAGAUUAGGAGUGUCCUUGGCGAGCAUUUUGAAACUUGUGGAGAGAUUACAAGGAUAUCUAUCCCAACAAAUUAUGAGACUGGUGCUAUCAAGGGGAUGGCUUACUUGGAAUUCAAGGAUGCUGAUGGUUUCAACAAAGCUUUAGAGCUUAGUGGCAGUCAACUUGGAGAUCAGUACUUAACUGUUGAAGAGGCAAAACCACCAAGGAGUGAUAACCGUGAUGCCUGGGGUAGUGGCAGAGGCGCAGGCCGAAGCGGUGGAGGGAGGAGUGGUGGUAGAGAUGGUGGUGGCCGCUUUGGCAGUAGGGGUGGUGGUCGGGGCAGAGGACGUGGAACACCCUAUAAACCUAGUGUGACUGCAGUUGCCUCAGGGAAGAAGACAACAUUUAAAGAUGAUGAAUGAAGAAUGUAGAAGAAUAAUAAAAGUAUGUUUGCCUGAUAUAAGUAUUAAAUUUUGGUAGUUCUCAAUCGCCCAAGAUUUUGUUUGACUUGCAUAAGCUAAUAUUUUAAUUUUCUUAUCAUAUAGUAAGGGCCAUGUGAACUCGGAGAAUUUGUGUUAUGCUUAGGAGGGUACAAUGAUAUUUGUUUGUAAUUUCAAUGAUUAUUUCAUAUUUAUUUUAAAAUUGCCAUUAUCUAAA